AUGGCUGACGAAAGAACCUUUAUUGCUAUCAAGCCCGAUGGUGUCCAGCGUGGUCUCAUCUCCCCCAUCAUUGGCCGUUUCGAACAGCGCGGUUUCAAGCUUGUUGCCAUCAAGCUUACCCAACCCUCUGAGGCCCUUCUCCGUCAACACUACGAGGACCUCCAGGAGAAGCCCUUCUUCCCUGGUCUUCUUAAGUACAUGACCUCUGGCCCUGUCCUUGCUACCGUCUGGGAGGGUAAGGAUGUCGUCAAGCAGGGUCGUGCCAUUCUUGGUGCCACCAACCCCCUCCAGUCUGCUCCUGGUACCAUCCGUGGUGACUACGCCAUUGACGUUGGUCGCAACGUUGCCCACGGCUCUGACUCUGUUGAGUCCGCCAAGAAGGAGAUUGCUCUUUGGUUCAAGAAGGAGGAGCUUGUUGAGUACAAGCCUGCCUACUUCUCUUGGAUCUACGAGUAA